CCUACGCUCUUCGGGAGGAAGGGUCGGGUGCACGGAGCCCCCUUCUUGCUACGACCCCGAGGCACCCCAGAUGAGGAGGCAGCAGGGAGCCCAAGUCCGGAGCUCGGGCUUGCCCAGGAGAGCUCGCGACCCCUCCGGCACAAUCACGUAGCCGCUCCUUCUUCCGGCGACUGUUCAUACAAUGAUCGAGUGCCUCCCUCCACCAGUGCCCAUUCUCCACCAAUGUUCCCAGUGGUUUGAUGCCCGCAGAGUAACGAAUUCCGAAGUCAUUCAUUCAUUCUUCGAGCUUUCAGGCUGUGUGCAGACACUUUCAGUGGGAAACAGCCCCUCAAAAGACCCUCUCAUUUGUAGCUAGGAGGAGUGUGGGGAGGGGGGAGGGACACACUUGCUUCCCUUGCACACGGUAAACCCAGGUUUGGUUUUGUUUGGGGGCCACCCUUGGCGAUGCUCAGGGGUUACUCCUGUCUCUGAACUCAGGAAUAUUAACUCCUGGCGGUGCUUGGGGAACCAUAUGGGAUGCGGGGGAUCGAACCCCACUCAGCCGCGUGCCAGGCAAACGCCCUACCCGCUGUGCUAUCGCUGCUCCGGUCCCUUAAACCUAGGUUUGAUCCCCACCUCGCGUGCUUAUGACCUCCCGAGCACUGCCAGGAGUGGUCCCUGAGCACUGGGCGAGGAAUAGGCUUGAUAAGCACUGCUGGGUGUGGCCCACAUACCUGGAGGCCUUCUCAUUUUGAGUCGGGGGUGGGGAGACGGGGAUGGGGGGGGCGGGGGGGUUGCGUUUGGGGCCACACCUUGUGUGCUACGCCUGGUUCUAGGCUCAGGGGGUCGUUACCGCACGCCGUUGUGUGCCUCAACUUCCCUGGGUCUUCUUUCUGCUCCCUAACGCUCCCAUUUUACAGUCAAGGGGGUCCAACGCGCGCUGGGGAGGGCACACUUACCCCAUCCGGGACGCGCCUUCUCGGGGUACCUCCGUCCCCCUCCCCAUCCCCCACUCCGGCCAGAAUGGUGGAAAUCCAGCCCUUUUCCCGGUUUUUCGGAGGCGGGCGAGGGCGGGUGUGGGUUUCUUUUCGAUUUAGCCGCUGGCGGGAAGGCCGGUUGCCUCAGCCCGUGGCCAAUAGGCUGCCGGUUUUCGGGGCGCGCGCGCGCGCGUCCCUGCCCUCUUGUAACAUCCCGCCCAUCCCACCCUCAGGGUCCGCGCUGGGGGGGGCUCCUCCUCAGGCUGUCUGGGGACCCCCGGGACCAUGGCGCUUCAUGGGGUCCGCAGUACCAGGGUCGGCGUGGCGUCCUAGGGUCUGGGGGUCCGGUCUGGGGGUCUCGGGCGCGAACAUGGAUGGGCCAGCGUUCGAACCCACCUUGGCGGGAGCAUCCUCGCCCCGCCUCCAAAAUCCCGCCGUCCCCUGCGCGGGGUCUUUAAGUACCGAGGUCGCUUCUGAGGCCGCCCCUCCUCAGCCCCUAGUCACCUGUCCCGAACUCGCUAGCACCUCGGACCCGCGCCCUGCACCAUGACUUCGGUCGCUCGGCCCCAGCGAGUCCCGCUCACGCCGCUGGUGGACAACAGCCGACCCCAGCAGCUGCGCACGUCGCCCCUCAAGCGGCUCAGCCUCUCGGAUAAGGAGAAUACGCCGCCGACCCUCAGCGCCACGCGGGUGCUGGCCAGCAAGACGGCGCGCAGGAUCCUGCAGGAGCCGGACGAGCCGAAAGCCAAGGUGCGGGCCCCCGACGCCGCCGCCGACGAGCCACUGCUGCGGGAGAACCCCCGGCGCUUCGUCGUCUUCCCCAUCGAGUACCACGACAUCUGGCAGAUGUAUAAGAAGGCCGAGGCGUCCUUCUGGACGGCCGAGGAGGUGGACCUUUCCAAGGACAUCCAGCACUGGGACGCCCUCAAGGCCGACGAGAAGUACUUCAUAUCGCACAUCCUGGCCUUCUUCGCCGCCAGCGACGGCAUCGUCAAUGAGAACCUGGUCGAGCGCUUUAGCCAAGAAGUUCAGGUGACAGAAGCCCGCUGUUUCUAUGGCUUCCAAAUUGCCAUGGAAAACAUACACUCUGAAAUGUACAGUCUCCUCAUUGAUACUUACAUUAAAGAUUCCAAAGAAAGGGAAUACCUCUUCAACGCUAUUGAAACAAUGCCUUGUGUCAAGAAGAAGGCGGACUGGGCCUUGCGCUGGAUUGGAGACAGAGAGGCUACCUAUGGAGAACGUGUCGUGGCUUUCGCGGCAGUGGAAGGGAUCUUCUUUUCUGGCUCUUUUGCGUCGAUAUUCUGGCUGAAAAAAAGAGGACUGAUGCCUGGCCUCACAUUUUCCAAUGAACUUAUUAGCAGGGAUGAGGGUUUACAUUGUGACUUUGCUUGCCUGAUGUUCAAACAUCUAAUACACAAACCUUCAGAGCAGAGAGUGAAAGAAAUAAUCCUGAGUGCUGUUAAAAUAGAGCAGGAGUUCCUUACUGAGGCCUUGCCUGUGAAUCUCAUUGGGAUGAACUGCAUGUUAAUGAAACAGUAUAUUGAAUUUGUGGCUGACAGACUUUUGCUGGAGCUGGGUUUUAGCAAGGUGUUCAGAGUAGAAAAUCCAUUUGACUUCAUGGAGAAUAUCUCACUGGAAGGGAAGACUAACUUCUUUGAGAAGAGAGUAGGAGAGUAUCAGAGGAUGGGAGUGAUGUCAAGUCCAACAGACAAUUCUUUUACCUUGGAUGCAGACUUCUAAAGGAACCAAGGUGCUGUGAGAUGACCACGACGCAGAUGUGGCCCAGGCCUUCCUAGCAGACGUGGCCUGCUGGUUCGGGACUAACCAACUAACCUACAGCGGUGGUUUCCGUGCUGCUGCAGCAGAGAACAAAAGUGGGGAGCACCGGCUGCGGAGCACUUGGAGGCCGGCCGUGGUGAAGGCAAAAAGCAGAUUUCAAACAGGCAGAUGCGGAAGGCGUGCAGCAGGAACAGCGGUUUUCCAGGCGGACUGGGGUAGAUGGCACUGGAUGGGGUGGAGAGGGGCGGUGAGGGGCGUGCCUGCAUCCGUCUACGUGCAGUGUGCGUGCCCGCUUGCGUACUGUGCGUGCUUGCGUGCGUGCGUAUGUGCUGUGCGUGUCAUCGUGUGUACUUUGUAUUGGUGUGUCUGAUUACAUAGGUGUGUGCCUCCGCGCGGGCGCAUAUUUGUGGCGGCUUUCCUGGGGGUGCUGAAGAAAAGGACGUGGACUGCGCGCUCUGAGCGUGACGGGAAUCCCAGGGCCUUUGGAAGGAAUCAUCUACUUUUCUGGCCACACCCAGCCUGUUAUUUAUUUAUUUAUUUAUUUUGCUUUUUGGGUCACACCUGGCAAUGUACAGGGGUUACCUCCUGGCUUUGCACUCAGGAAUUACCCCUGGCAGUGCUCAGGGGACCAUAUGGGAUGCUGGGAAUCAAACCCAGGUCCGCCGCAUGCAAGACAAAUGCCCUACCCGCUGUGCUAUUGCUCCAGCCCCCAGCCUGUUAAAUUUUAAAGAGUGUAAUCUUGUUCUUCUGUGUCCAGUAUGAGUCGACAUUUCCUGGUGGAAGCAGGAGUCUAGUACCUGUCCAGGUAAGUGGGUGGGGCCUGGGGCAGGACGGGGAGCAGGAGUGGUGGAAACUAGCAUGGCUGGGCACCACCUGGAAGUAUUUGGUUUUCUUCUUAAUGACAUAUAACAGCAGUGGCAUAAGGUACCUCUCUGAAA